ACACACACAUAUUAGGCUUAUAUAAUAUAAAAUACAUACACUUUUUAUUAUAUACAUAUUAAGAACUCCUUUCACUUUUCAGUGUGAAAGUUAAGAGCACAAUGCAUAACCUAGACCAAAACAUUUCACUCUAAACAGACAUGGAGAAAUGCCUGCAAAAAAAAAAAAAAGAGAGAUAAUGAAAUAGUCUUUUUUUUUCGAUCAGAUGAGACAUUUUUCCCCGGGAGUUGUGUGCUCUUAUUGGGUAACGUACAGCUAGACAGUACAGUUCAGUUCAUCUGAGAGUGUAAGCAUCGCUCCGUCUACGUACAUAGUCAGUCACUGACGUACUCAACCCUCAGCAGACCUGCAUCGCAGCGUCAUCACUGAUACCCACCAAAAUCUAGAGCAGAACUGAUGCUCUGCUGUUUCCACACGAACAUACUGACACACUUUCGCUGGCAUUCUUCUACACUGGGUUUAAAUGCUUCAUUUAUGUUAUAUAAAUACACCAUGGGAUAUACUAGUGAGCGACGCCGCCGACGCGUCAAACUACAACGCUCGCACUAUAUUUUAACUUUGUCUUGCCCACGAAGUGUUUGCAGUUCAUUCAUCGGGAGCGUCUUGUUUUGUCGCGUCGCUCGUUUGCAGUGUAGGUGGGGUGUUGUUCAUACUUUGUGAAGGAGGAGUAUGAGGAAAAGGCAAUGACCGGAAAGAAUCUUGUAGUGGAAGGCAAACACAACACACACACACACACACACACACACACACAAUGUUCGGGAACGCUAGAGGCAGUCGCGUAACACAAGACGCACCCAGACUCUGUACACAGCAUAUAGAGCACCGGUUGAGUUACAUAACGAGGAUGCUCCACAAACUUAUCUAUCUAUCUAUCUAUCUAUCUAUCUAUCUAUCUAUCUAUCUAUCUAUCUAUCUAUCUAUCUAUCUAUCUAUCUAUCUGUAUGUGCUAGACUAUAGUCUCAGUUAAAUGAUUCGUCUUGAACCGACUGCGUCAGUAUAACGAGGUCAAUAGUGUAUACAGAAAAAAAAGUCACGCGCAUUGCAUAUUAAUUUUAUGAUGCGUCAGAGCAGAGAUGAUGCUUAUACUGACUUGAUCAAUAAUAAAAUGUAGGCUACAAAAUAAAACCAACAGCAUUAUAAUUAAAAUAAAAAAUGGGUUAUGCUAGUUUACGGUACAUUUGGAAAUGGCUUUAUAAUAAUAAUAAUAAUAAUAAUAAUAACAUAUAUAACACACACACAUAAUAAAAAAGGCAGGAAUUUUGCUAUUGCAGUUUCAUUAGAAAGACAUACAUAAGGAAAUGUGCAGAUAAUUUAAUAGUAAUUACAUUGCAAGUUUCAUGACGGAACUUAACAAUAUUAAUGUAGGCUUUUACGACAUUCUGAGCUGAAACGCAUUCAGUAGCUUAUCAGAGGUUUGACUUUACAGAACCUUAAACGAAUUGAACACAAAACGAGACGUAAUUAACGACGAAUUACAAAACAGGGAAACUUGCGCCUCUAGUCAGUACUUACUGCUUGUUUUAAGCACCCCAGCUGUUCCCUAAAACGACCACACAAUAUUAAAAUCAUAAACUAUUCGCAGUCAUUUUAUUCCGUAGGCUAUUUGAGCAAAAUAUAAUACCGUAUAACUGAGCGGCUAUCUGAGCAGCACGCACAGUGGGUUGCGAUGCUCUGACAAUCCUCUGGUGUCUUGGGUUGUUCCAGUGGGGGCGGAGCGGCGAAUAGGAGUAGAACGUGAUUGGUUCGCUUUACUAUCAAUCAAACAUUUCCACCAAUGAACCCAAUGAGCUGUUAAAGGGGCGGGUCAUAGGUGCACCUUCCCCCGAAGGUUGCACCGCCUAGUGUGUGUGCGUAUUUUUUUUUUUUUAAACCAAAGCUUGGAUGUGUAGGACGUCACAUGUUGUUUUUUCCUCUUCACUCCAGUCACUUAGUGAACAACAUGUUAUUUACUGUUAAACCGCUCCACGCAGCGAACGCGCACUCCGAGCCGGGUCCAUAAGAGAGUCUGACAGGAUUAAAACUGAUUGACAGCACAAGUUGAGCAAAAGUGAGAGUUUUUCUUCACAGCAUAUGAGAAUGGCGAGUCCGCCGCCGACGGGAGGACAGCUGAUUUCAAAUAUGACCGUGAAGAACAACAACCACGUUAAGAAAUGCGGCUUAUUGAGGAAACAGAAGCACGGACACAAGCGGUUUUUUGUGCUGAGGGAGCCGAGCGAGGGCUGUCGCGCCCGGCUGGAGUAUUACGAGAGCGAGAAGAAAUGGAAAAACAAGUCGGCUGCUAAACGGGUUAUACCUUUGGACUCGUGCCUGAACAUCAACAAGAGAGCCGAUGCCAAACACAAACACCUGAUCGCCCUUUACACCAAGGACGAGUAUUUUGCCGUGGCUGCCGAAAACGAGCAGGAACAGGAGGACUGGUACUCGGUCUUAACGGAUUUAAUGAACGAGGGGAAAGUGAGCGACAGCUCCGCGAAUAAUUCGGCGUCAUCCCUCGUCGGCUUUGAUGAGGCAAACUACGGCGUGAUAACGCCUGUCACCGCCACUUACAAGGAGGUUUGGCAGGUCAACUUAAAAUCCAAAGGACUCGGACAGUGCAGGAACUUAACGGGCGUUUACAGGCUGUGUUUAAGCAGCCGGACGAUCAGCUUCGUCAAACUCAACACGGAGGCGGCGUCGGUGAUUUUACAGCUGAUGAACAUCCGCCGAUGCGGACACUCGGACAGCUUCUUCUUCAUCGAGGUGGGCCGGUCCGCGUCGAUCGGACCCGGCGAGUUGUGGAUGCAGGCGGAUGACUCGGUGGUGGCGCAAAACAUUCACGAGACUAUUUUGCAGGCGAUGAAAGCCAUGAAAGAGAUGUCAGAGUUCCGCCCGCGCAGCAAAAGCCAGUCCUCGGGUACUAACCCCAUCUCUGUGCCCACCAGGCGGCACUUUAACAAUCUCCCGCCGAGUCAAACCGGGCUGCAGCGGCGCUCGCGCACCGACAGCAUGGCAGCGACGUCUCCCGUGACGAAACUGACGUCCUGUAGGUUCCGCACUGCGAGCGAGGGUGACGGAAAUACAGGCAGCCCCAUCAGCCCGUGCGUAAACAGGACGCAUUUGAGCCGCUCCAACACAGUGACAGCUCGCCCAUACAGAACAUUCGAGUCGUCAUCCCUGCAGCACAGCAGAUCCAUGUGCAUGCCUGUGUCUCACUCCCCUCCAUCUGCUGCCAGCCCUGUCAGCCUGUCCUGCAGCAGUAACAUAGAAAGUGGCCCUCGCCCCUCCAGCAGCACUGCUUCCAUUUCGGGCUCCCCAAGCGAUGCUGGCUUUAUCUCCUGCGAUGAGUGUGGCUCCAGUCCGGGUGAUAUACGGCACCUUUUAGCAGCAAACCGAAGCAACACACCUGAGUCACUUGCUGACACACCCCCCUCAGAGGAGGGCAGCAACCUGCACGGAUACAUGAUUAUGGAGAGGCCAAACAGCCGUGGACGGCGGAGCGUCCGGGCAGCAGCUGAGGAAGGCAAAGGAGAUUUGGAGAAUGCUUACAGGAAGAGGACACACUCUCUCACCAUGCCUUACCAGAAGAGGGUGCCAUCACAAGUGUCCUCAGGUUCACUGGAUGAAUACACACUCAUGAGAGCCACUUACAGAACUGGAGGCCAUUCGGGGCGCAGCUCUCACACCGCAUCCCCAAAGGUCACAUAUCCUGAGGAUUACGGGGACAUUGAAAUCGGAUGGUUACUGAAAAGUUCCAGCAGUAAUCUGGGUGACGAUGGCUACAUGCCAAUGACGCCAGGUGUGGCUCCACAAGGGGGGAAGGCUGACAACUACAUGCCUAUGAGCCCAAUGUGCGUUUCUGCUCCGAAGCAGAUAAUCAACCCCAGGACGCACCCCCUCACUAUAGCUAAUGGUUACAGAACCAAUUCCCCCAGCAGCUGUUCUCUGGAUGACAGUGGCUACAUAAGGAUGCUGUGCGGCACUAAACUCUCCAUCGACAGCUCUGAUGGGAAACUGACGAAUGGUGAAUACCUCAACAUGUCCCCUAUAGAUUCGGUCACGCCACCAGAUUACUACCUGAGCCCUGUGGGUAUGGAGCAGUCACCCUGUCUCCGACAGCUUCACUCGUUUAACUCUCUGCCCCAUUGUCAGAGGCCCCAGCAGGUUCUAAAGGAUGGGGACAAUGAUCAGUAUGUUGUCAUGAAUCCUCAAAGUCACAGGAUAACAGAGGAGUCAGUAAGCACAGCAUCCACCCCUGCCCCAUCACCUCUAAGACAAAGCCGCACAGACAGUCUCAUCCUCCGGCACAGGAUGAGCCGGCCCACCCGCCUCUCCCUGGACAUGUUCCAAACAUUGCCUAGCAUGAAUGAGCAUCCUCUCCCCUCUGAGCCAAAAAGUCCUGGCGAGUACAUAGACAUAGACUUUGGACAUGUUGCUGAAAGUUGCACUCCCCCCUCCACUGCUUCCUCCGUGAGCCCAGCCUCAUCUCUCGGAUCAUCCGCUGAUCACAGGACGUCCCCCCUCUCUGAUUACAUGAACAUUGAUGUGAGUUCGCUAUCACCCAAAUCUGGAAACGCUGCUCCAUCUAAUCGUUUGGAGCCGUUUCCAAAGCUCACAUCCUGCCCCGCCCACCCUGAGGAAGAGGUGGAAGAUGAAAGGUACCACCUCACUGCACAGGUGGCACCAGCGGGCACGGUUGACAGAGCUAAAGACGAUUACACAGAGAUGACGUUCGGCGUGCCUGCUUCCCCUCUGCAGCCUGUCACGCAGCCCUCCGAAGGUGUCCAGACCAUCAACCCAUCCUCUUGCUUGCAGAGGCUGACCCUGGAAGAGACUGUGGGAGUGCCUGCCGUUGAGGCUUUUCUGCUGCAUGGCACCACUCUGGCCUUGGUGGACCCUGACCGAGGGGCCAAGGUGAUUCGUGCCGACCCCCAGGGGCGCAGGCGGCACAGUUCGGAGACAUUCUCAUCAACCACCACCGUAACACCAGUUUUUCCCUCCUCCGCACACGAUGCCAGGCGGCAUGGUUCGGCCUCUGUGGAGAACGUGUCCGUUUCUGUGAGGAACAGCGAAGGAUCGGAUGAAGAGUAUAACAGUCCCAUGUGCAGGGAGACGUCAACUGGCUUCCAGAAUGGACUUAACUACAUUGCCUUAAACUUGAUGGAUGGAGGACUUACCAGAUGUGAUUCUCUUGUCCGGUUCAAAGCUACCAGCUGCUGUAAAGAGGGCAUCAAUGGAAUACACGCCAGUCCGUAUGCCAGGCUUGGGUUCAAGGAGACGGCAACAACAGUAAAAGACUAAAGAGAUCCAGUCUCCUCAUUAAAGCUCCUUCACCCCUUCUAUCCGUCGAGAGGAGGAGAGGAGGUGCUCGUGUGGACAGAUGGACCACGCUGCUGCUGCUGCUGCUGCUUCAGCUCUCCGCUGAUCUUUAACCUCCCGAAUCCAUUCGAAUGGCAGUCGUCACGGCAACACAGACACUUGACCCCAGUGCGAGGCAUGAGGAUGACUCACAGACACAGAGGCGGGACUUCCUGUCCAUCUGUUACCCACAACAAUCUCUUUCCUUAAUUUCUGUGUUACUGAUCUUUUCCACUGGUUUUGUUACGAGUUCUGGACUUCGAGUGGCCAGUGCCCCCCCCCACCCCCCACCCCGGCCUCCAACCCCAAAAACAAAACAAACAAGAAGAGAGACAUCCAAUCUGCACACAUACACCCGUCACACAAGCCGCUUUAUUUAUCUCCCCGUGUGAUGGCGUGUGCGCAUGUGUUCGCGCACAAGCGGUUGCAACACUGCACAGAGGUUUGCAUUUCACAAAUUUACUCAACAAUUCGAUAUCGGAAAAUGCAGUCACUUGGAAAACCCUACCUCAGAACGAGCCAGGUUACGACUCACAAAAAAGAUAUAUAUUGAGAAAAACUAAUUUAUUUUUACAAGUGAAUGUUUUCAUAAAGAACAACACCAAUCCAAAGCCUUACUGACUGUGCUUGUCAAACAGUGUUUCCUGGAGGACCUGCAUACACUCACAAGAGUAUCAAAGAUAACUGUUUGUCAUGGUACCUGAAUGUCUUGUGCUGCAGCGGAGGAACGUCUUGCACUGCAGUUAAAGAUCUAUUAAUGCUAUUUUGCAUUCUACACAGAUAUUUAAAUGAUUUUAAUAUAAUAAUAUUUAUCUGAGCUGAUAAAGGACCGGUCAGGUGGCCACCUGUCUGCCAUCCCGCACAUAUGCAAAGCAGGCUUCCAGAGCAGAGGAGUCAUCAGUUUUGGAUCGAAGCCACACGCGAUGCACACACAACCCUUACGGUACACUAGAUGAAUGAUGUCGUGCGCCUCAGGUCAGAGAGAGGAGCACCUCACCAAGCCUAGGCACGCUUUACACCGUACCAACCCAGAAGCCUCUGCUGACUCGCCCUCUCUCACUGCUCUGAACACACAGGCUUCCCUUCACCUUACAUCCGCACCCGUCGGCCCGCCGUUCGAGAGAGUGAGAGAUCCAGGGACGUCUCAGAAGGCCUGACACCAUUAAUGCUGCUCCCUACCGUCAGACAGAACCAAUGCUUUGUCUUGCACUUACAAACUCCUUAGAUUGUAACACAAGACACGUUUGAAUGUAGAGUAUUCUGGAGGUCUCACGGCCUAAACAUCCACAAACAGACUGAUACACAGGCAAGAGUCAUUCGGAUCGCCGCAAGCAAACGAAACAAAGUACAACACACACAACUUGACUUCAGUAUAUGAAAACGUUUGCCUAGAAAGCUGUACAUAAUGUAUAAAGAGAUUGCAACUGAUGUUUUUAAGUUAAAUAUGAUAACUUAUGUCUUAUAUAUAUGUGUGUGGUACGUGUUUGAAUUAAUUUCCCCCAAACAACUAAAGCACUAACGAAGGUACUUGCCAAAGCCUGAACUUUGGCCUGGCGCUUUUCUUUUCUAAUACUUCAGUAUGUUUGUAAAAGUAUGUACACUGUACGAUAAAUGCCACUUCAAGGAUAUUUGAUAAUGCUAUGAUACAAAAAAAUAAAAAAAAUUCAUUUGAUAUUACAAAGAUAGGUACAAAUUCACAAAUGGCAUAUGCAAUAUUUACAUUUUUUUAAUUUUUAAGAUUAGUUUACAG